AUGGUCCAUACGUGUUCAAACUUCAAACUUUUGGACCUAAACGCAGAGUCACAGAGACAGAGAGACAGAGAGAGAGAGAGAGAGAGAGAGAAAGAGAGAUGGCAACGACAAGAAUAUCGGGAGGAGGGGGUGGCGCUGCCGCUGCCGCUGAGGCUCCAAAGAUAGUGUGGAACGAGGCACAACACAGGUUCGAGACAGAGGACAAGAAGGCAUACAUAGAAUACGUGCUCAGGAACGAUGGAAAAGUGAUGGACUUGGUCCACACCUUCGUACCAUCUUCCAAAAGAGGCCUAGGUUUGGCUUCCCACCUCUGCGUUGCGGCCUUCAACCACGCCAAAUCCCACUCUAUCUCUGUCAUACCAACCUGUUCUUACGUCUCGGACACUUUUCUUCUGCGAAACCCCACCUGGAAUUCUCUGUUAUACUCAGAAGAUGCCAAAUCUAAUAUUGGAACGAGUUCUGCUCUUUGAGGAGUGCUUGAGGAAAGUGUUUGUUAAGUUGUAAACUACCUAAUUAAGCAGAUGUUCUUUUGCUUACUUUGUUCUCAUCGUAAAGGGAUUUGUGUCAUUUGUAGCCAGAACUGUUUCUGUGUUGCAUUUAAGUAAUAAGAAUAUUUCAUUUCCAGGUAUUUCUUAUC